AUGACUGGGACCCGAUACCUAGUGGACACAGACUCAGACGUCUCUGUCACGCCUUGCAGGCGGCCAGCAAAUCAAAGGGACAUCAGCGGCUAUCAACUCUUCGCAGCCAACGGCACCCUCAUGGAUACAUACGGCUACAUGUCCAUCUCGCCCAAUCUCGGUCUCCGGAGAGACUUAACGUGGCGUUUCGUCGAGGCAGACGUCAGCAGACCCAUAAUUGGUGCUGAUUUCCUGCACCACUUCAAUCUGCUGCCGGAUUUGAGGAACGAGUGCCUAAUCGACAGCUCAACAGGCCGAAAAUCGAAUGGCCAGUUUACGCGUUUCCGCGCACUGUCUGUUAAGCUCCUCGAGAUCAACGGAGAUUCACCGUACGCGUCCAUCCUGAAAGAAUUCCCGGCAAUAAAGAAACCAGAGGGACUGCUCAGAAACACGGAGCACUCUACUCUCCACCAUAUUAGACCGACACUGGGACCACCUAUCUCCUGCAGAGCGCGCCGUUUGGUGCCAGAUAAACUCAACAUCGC